GGACAUGGACAACCUCAAUGACGAUUGUGUGUGCAUAAUAUUGGAGUACCUGUCACUGGUGGAUCAGAUAGCAAUGGCACGCUGCUCAUUGCGCUAUGAGGAGUUGUUGUGUCAAAUUGUCUGGCGGAAGCCUCGUUAUCGGGAAAUUUCCGUGUCAUACACAAUGUUUGCGCCACUCAGCAAAGAGGAUUACAUGUACUUCUUUGAGCUGACCAGUUGUCAGAUGGAGAAGCUCUACAUAUGGAACGUGCAUGAGAAGGCCUUUGAUUCGUAUCUGGGUCGGCAUCUGAUGCGUCCCGAACUGACGUUCUAUCUGCUCCUGGAUAUGUCCAAUCUUCAAGAGCUUUGCAUUACGGACGAUAAUAUGAACAACAGCAUGAUUCAGACCAUCACCAAAAGUUGCCCAAAUCUGCGCAGUCUCAGUGUGUCAAGUGCGUAUAUCACCGGCAAAUUUAUGGUUGGACUUCAUAAACUCAAGACUCUGGUUGCCCGCGAAUGCUCCAUCGAGGCCACUCACCUGGAGGAGCUGCUGGCCCAGCUGCAACUGACCACAUUAGAUCUGACAUCAAAUAAAAACAAAGUGGAGGAGACAAUCCUGCAAGCGCCAGCCUCUGGCUUGGCACGCCUGCAAAGAUUAGGAAUUUCAGAUGCACAGAACUGUGGCUUUAGCGUUGCCGAGCAACUGCCCGAGCUCAAGGAAUUGGUGGUGAGCUAUCACGAUAUGGAGGCGCAGGAUUUAAGUGAUAUGCUGGAAAAGACAAGACAAUUGGCCGAAUUAUCGGAGACCAAGUUUCCGAAGCGCCUGCAAUUGAUCAUGUGCAAUGUGGUUGACGUGGAGGUGGCUCUGGAGCAGAUAACUGGCCUGGAGACCCGCAGUCCACGGGAAUCGCCAAAAUUCUGUGAACUACUGAAGAUUAUCUACAAAUGUAAAUAAGUUUUCAUUCUACAAUAUUUAUACUCUGACAUUAUCCUUACAUUUUAAAGCAUCUGCUUUUAUUAAAUCUAGUCUUCGAGUUUCCUAUCUAUGUCUAGGAAACUUGAGAAUAUAGAAAGAAUAUCUAUAUUCAACAUACCAAAGACAGUUGAUCGAUCUUUUGAUUGUGUUAUGCUUUUUUUUUUUUGUAAAUACACGACAGUUAAUAUUUUCUACAAAUGGUUUAAAACUUUAUUUAAACAUGUUUACAAUUAAUAGGUAGGUUUUUAAAUAUUAGUUUGUCCGGCAAUAUGCCAAAAGAUCAAAAAUAUAAAUUCAUUAGUCAAA